UAAAAAAUUUCUUUCCCAAGCGCUAUAAUGCAAGUUGGAGUACACACUCAACGGGUCAAUGGUCAACAAUUGUACAGCCGUAUAUCCCACCACUUUCUGAGGCGCGUGACUGUGGCUCUACUUCUUUGAAAUAAUUACACGAACCUUUUAUGUGCUUUUGGAAUUAGGAGGAAUGAAAAAAAUGCAUGAAAAUAAAUCUUCCAUUUCCACUACGUAUAAUUUAUAAGCCAUCUUGAAAGGUGAUUCAUAUAGAUUUUACAGUCCGAAGCCAAAAGCCGAAACGCAGACAAACGCAGAGAGAGAGUGCUAAAUAGAUAAGCGAGAGAGAGAGAGUGAGAGUGAGAGUGAUGAGAAUUUUUUGGUGGUGAAGUUAUUUUUAUCAUAUUAUUUUGCAGGGGUCGUCUUAAAACUCUUGGGGUAAGCAAAUCAAAUGGAGGAUAACACACCUCGAAUUUCACGUACAAAUGUUGGGACCCACGUGAGCUCACGGGGCGGACCCAAAAAGAAAAGCCGGUACACCGUUGAUGAUAUUGAUGGCGGAGAUCGGAUCGAGUGCUCUGGCAGGUAUUGUCGAUCAUGCACCGCAGCUUUGAUAGCCGAUUGCGUUGCUCUUUGUUGCUGUCCCUGCGCCGUGGUCAACUUUCUUGCUCUUGCUUUUGUCAAAGUCCCAUGGAUGGUUGGAAGGAGGUGUUUGGGAAUAGGGAAAAAGAAGAAGCAGAAGAAGCUGGAAAUGCAGAGAAAAUGCAAGAGAUGUACUGGAGGUGGAGGAGGAGGUGAUAGUGUUGUGGAGAGGAAUGGAAAUAAUGUGAGGAAAGGGAGGGCAAAUGAGGGCAUGAAUAUAAUGUCAGAAAUUUCAUCAUCUGAUGAAUUGGACUUGGACUUGGACUUGGGGGAAAAUGAGAACAUAGACUGUGUCAGUGCAAGGUUUGAAGCAGAGAAAGUUUGGUUGGAGUUGUAUCAGGUUGGUCAUUUGGGUUUUGGGAGGGUUUCCUUUACUGGGUACUCAACCUCUGGGUAAGGGCAAUUAGGGGAACCAAAUAAUUAAUGUAAAACAUAGUUUAUAGUAGGUUUUUCCAUCUUAUAAUUAUUAAGUUUCUUUCUUCUUCUUUCUUCUUCUUUUUUUUUCUUUUUUUCUUUUAACCCCCUUUUGACUUGGAGACAAGAAUCAAUUACCCAAAAUUAGACUUCGCGUUUUCACUGAUCAUGGAUCGUUGGUAAAGGUGUGAUUAUUAUAUCAUGACUCUCUGUUAUUCUGCAGAAUAGGGUGGGCUUCAUCAUUCACCAUAACCCAAAUUUCUUUUUUUAUUUUAUUCUUUUUUUUCUUUGUUUAUUGUAAAUAAACCCCAAUUUUUCUUUAUUUAAUUUAUUUUUAUUUUUU